AAAAGAUUUAAGGGGCGAGAAAGUUUCAUGGGGCUCCUUGUAAAGUUUGAAUACCUGAGACAAGUUAAUCGCUGUAACAUGGACAGAAUAUGACUUGAGUCAGCAGGGCGUGCAUGUAUUGAGAGGCUUGUGGUUCAUAGUGUCCACCUUCCUCCCUCUCCAUCACACACCCUGUGCGGUGUCUUUCGUGCUGAUCCAGCUGAUGCCCAUCCGCGCGUAAAUGGAAAGCUUUUACGCACCGCGCGUCUUCACUUCAAAAGAGGUUUAAUUGUUGUUUUUUUUGCAUUGUCACACGCCUCGCCUGGUGCAUAAGUAGGCCUCAGACACUGGGGAUGUGCUGUGGAGAUGUAAGGGAUGCGGUAAUACCUCACUACAUAAUAGAGGAUAGAGGGGGGGGUAAAAGACAAGGCGUGCGUCGAGAGCGACUCAGACAUCAAUAACAUCUCGCUCCUCAUCAAUAAGGCAUUUUGAUGGAGUUAAUUAAAUAGAUUGCCUUGAAGGUUUCUCUGACAUUAUAAUAUUUAAUCUAAUGACCCCCCAAUGGAGAACAUCUGAAGGACGACUAUCCAGCAUCUAAGAUACUAAAAAGACUUUGGAGAUUUCUUUUUCUUUCUUGCAGCCAUGGCUAUCAACACUGAUGCUGCCUUUGGGAAAAGCGCCCUGGGCGAGAGGGAAGUGUCCAAUCCCACCGACUUCCAGGACACGGAGAAGCUGCUGAGCACCGGGACCACCGAGCCCAGCACCGGGCAGAGCAACAUCAAGGCGUCUGACUCCUUCUGCCUCAACAUCAGAGGCAGCGUCCGGUCGCUGGAUGCGGACCAGAACGGACACAGAUCACCGCUGAAGUCCGGAUCCAUCGGGCAGCUGGCGGCCCCACCCAGAUCCCUGUCCCGUCUCAGCCUGGGUCCGCUGCCCAGCCCGAUUCCACCCGGUUCCGUACCACCGAGUUACCUCUGGCUCGCCGUGCUCUCCUGUUUCUGCCCAGCCUUGCCACUCAACAUAUGUGCCUUGUGGUAUGCAAACGUGUCGAGGUCUGUUCUCCAUACAGGAGAUAUUGAUGGAGCUAGGAAGUAUGGGCGUCUGUCGAUGCUGCUCAGCUGUCUGGCUAUGCUGCUGGGUGUGGCUGUCAUCAUCUUCAUAGUGUUUACAAUAGAGACCCAGAAGUGAACUGUGGGAUGGAAGAAGUGUCCUUUAACUUCAUCUGAUCUCAAAUUUGCACAGAAGAGAGGAGGAGGAAGAGGAGGAGGAAUGUUGUUUUGAAGAUGAAAAAGCACAAAAAUCUGAGUUGAAAACAAGCUGAAGGGACUCUAAUGUACAAUGUAUUGCUUUUUGGACAAAAGAAAAAGGAAAGAAGUCAUUUCUCUUGCAACAACCAUGUCCAAUAACCCCACAAACUCAGGAACAAAGUAAGGAAAAUGAAGGCUGCACGAGUGUAACUACUCAUAGUCCAAACUAGUGGUGCACUGAGGUACACACCUGCCUGACACACAGACAAUUGGAUGGCAUUUUGCUUAUUAAAAAAAAAUGGCAUCAUUAGAUAUGAGGAUGUCCUAAAGACCAAAGAUACCAUCAUCGUCAAAAAACAAACACAUAUAAUAAAAUAAAUAUACCGUCUCGUCGUCGGACAAAAACAAAAAAGCAUCGGUGCACCUCUAGUCUGUAAUGCUGCCACUGCCUGCCCUGUUUCUCUCAACAUUUGCAACAAAGCGCGGACCGACUGUGGGAAGAUGUAUAUAUUGAUUUCAUACACUGUUUACAAACUCAUGUACGUUUAUCACAACAACGCCCUACUGCAGUCAUAGUGUGAUAUCUUGCUUUGCGUGCUACUAUGAUAAAUUGUUUCACACCUCAUUACGUUUACAAUAUACUGCAAGAUAUGAAUGGGGCUGUUCUCCCUGUAUGCACUGUUCUUGGCACUCUGAUGUUGAUGUUUAUACAUUUAUACUGUAUGACUGGUUUACUGUGCCAUAGUUCUGCAUGUCUGAAAUAAACUUGAAUGAGCAUGACAAGC